AGUUCACCGGAAGUCAUUUUUAUGCCUCGUUAUUUUCUUUCAACUGCCCGACUUUCUAUUUGCUGCUACAGUUCAAAACUCGACAACGUCGUUUUAUCGACACUACCGUUGGUAAAAAAAAAAAAUUAAAAAUAAAAUAAUGACGUUGGGAUCAAGUGAGUGACGAUGAGCGCGGUUGGUGGCGACAACUGCCGGAGACGCACGAGGAGCGCGCGGGCCUGCUCCGGGCCAACAGCGGGGCUAGCUAACGACGGCGCCGUGUUACGAUGCUUGAGUGUCGGCAACGACCAUGACAUGGGGGACCACGUCGGGGUCUUCAAGCGGGGCGACCUGCAGCGGAAGGUCAUGGCUCCGCGCUACAGCCUGCUCCGGGAGGUGGGGAGGGGCACGUACGGCGUGGUGUACGAGGCGCUGGCCCGCAGGUCCGGUGCCAGGGUGGCGGUGAAGAAGCUCCGGUGCGACGCGCCGGAGAACGUGGAGCUCGCCCUGCAGGAGUUCUGGGCUCUGACCAGCUUGGAGAAACGCCAUGAGAACGUCGUGCAGCUGGAAGAGUGCGUCCUACAAAGGAACGGGAUGGCCCAGAAAAUGAGCCAUGGGAACAAACGCUCCAAGCACUACCUACGCCUUGUGGAAACGUCUCUCAAAGGUGAGAGAGUGCUCACGCCUUCAGAGGAGCCGUGUUACCUGUGGUUCGUCAUGGAGUUCUGUGAAGGAGGUGACCUCAACCAAUUCAUCCUGUCUCGGCGGCCCAACUCGCAGACCAACACCAGCUUCAUGCUGCAACUGACCUGUGCUGUGGCUUUCUUGCACCAAAACAAGAUUGUACAUCGAGACCUCAAACCAGACAACAUCCUUAUCUCAGAGAGCUCAGGGACUCCCGUCCUCAAGGUGGCAGACUUUGGCUUGAGCAAAGUUUGUGCAGGUUUAGGAAACGCCAUUGAAGGCAAAGACGGCGAGGACAAGAACAAAAAUGUGAACGUGAACAAGUUUUGGUUGUCGUCGGCAUGCGGUUCUGACUUUUACAUGGCUCCUGAAGUGUGGGAAGGGCACUACACUGCCAAGGCUGAUAUAUUUGCUCUUGGCAUCAUCAUUUGGGCCAUGUUGGAGAGGAUUACUUUCAUCGAUGCAGAGUCCAAGCGAGAGCUCCUUGGAAGCUACGUGAGACAAGGCUCGGACAUUGUGCCAGUGGGUGAGGCGCUGCUAGAGAAUCCAAAGAUGGUACUAAACAUCCCACAGAAGCGCAGGUCAUGCAUGUCUGAUGGUGUGAGGAAGCUGCUGCUGGACAUGCUCGCCGUCAACCCUCAGGACCGACCAGAUGCUUUUCAGCUGCACACCAGAAUGGACCAGGUUACAUGUCCCGCAUGGCGCUCAUCCUGAUCCUCCCUCAGGUGUGCAUCUUUGCCUGGAGCUGGUACUUCACUUCCUGUUGUGUGUGUGACGACAAUGAAGACACUUCCUGCCAUGCUGCUUUGUCCCGUGAUAUUUGCGUUAAGAUCACCAUUAAGUCUGUGGCCCAAGGUUGCAUUUAGUGCCUUGUUUACUUUGUCCAUGGAAAUCUGACUCCUUUAUCGUUUUAGUCUUAUUCACACUUCUUCUACUGCUCAACCCAGAGAAUAACACCAUUGACCCUAAAGAAUAUGUGUUUAACUCGGUACAAAUGAUAGCUUUCUUUUCAAGCCUGAAAUGAUUGACACGUUCUAACAAGGAGAGUGCAAUUUUUAUUUAAUUUGAUUAGCGUUACUCUCAUUCUUUACCGACCGUGCCUUUUGGAGUUGCUCACUAUUAGCUAAUGUGUUGCGUCUUCCACAAUCAUUCAGGGUACAUACGUAUUGUAUUUACUACUGUUGUGUUGAUUUAUUUAAUUAACUCGUCAAAGGCUUUGUAAGAUCACAAAAGUAGAACGUGUUAAAUUCCCCCGAAUGAUGGCACUAGUGUGUCUGGGAACACUUUCCCAGGCUCCACAAUCCAACUCUUGCUUAAAGUUUACACCACAUACUGUGAUCCUUUUAUACCUCAGUUCUUCAUUGUUCCUACGUAUGUACCGUGCAGACCGGACUUGAUCCUCAAUCGGAGUGGAGCUGUGUUUGCGUCUGCUUGGGAAGGAUCAAUAGUGAAUAUUAUUGUGCAAUUCAUUCAUCGUCGUGAGCUGAUGGAUGGAUGGAAUGGUUUUAUGUUCACUGCUUUCUCCAUGUCUGCUUCAAUAAAGGUUGGGGAAAAAAAGGUGUUCAAUCAAUGAAAAACAACAAAGUCCAUGUUAGGAGUUGAGUAUAUAC